AUGGGUGUUUUGUCACACUACAUAAAUCCAUCUGAUGUCCAGAGAGGAGAUCAUGUCUAUGCACUACGAAAGAUGGGAAUCUAUCAACAUCAUGGUAUUGUUAUUACGUAUGCAGAUGCUCAACGACUCAAACCAAUACCAGGAGUCAUUGAACCAUUUAUGGUUAUCGAACAAAAUAGAGGAGACACGGGCAAAACUAAAUUCGAUGGAUUGAAUGUAGUUUCUCUGGAAAUCUUCCAAGCUGGUCAUUCACUUCGUCGUGUUCAAUAUAGUGAAAAUCCAUUUCUAUAUGGGAUUAAAAGACGUGGAUCAUGCAGACUCGAUCUGGCCAUUCCACCUGACUUAAUAGUUGAAAACGCUAUAUUGAUUUAUAAUGAAGAACGGUCCAAGUGGUCUACCUAUUCACUAUUGAAACGAAAUUGUGAACACUUUGCUUUCAUAUGUUGCACGGAUCAAAGUAGACUAAGCGAACAANUACAACAAAACCAACAUCGACAACAAUUAACAACAACUGGCAUAGUGGUUACAACUACUACUCCUAUCACAACACCACCAACGACUUCGACAACUACACCACCAACUACAGCUGCUCCAACAACAGCCGGUCCAACAGCUCCAGGAGUGACAACGGAGUCCACAGUUGCUGUCAUGUAUCCAAAAGACUUCGAAGAUGCAUGUAAAUCAUCUGUGGCAACGAUGACAGCUGUGAUACUUGCUGCAUUGGCUCCUAUACACACUAUGGUUAUGUAUGCUACAUUCACCAAACUGGAGAAGAUGUUCAGUCCAUCUCGUGUGAAUGCUGGUACACGGCACAAGUUGCGAAUGAAACGAAUCAUGCGACCAUAA